GUCGAGCAGGCCCCGGUGAUGGCUCGCAUGCAGUUUGGCGGGCGUCCGGUCGAAGAGGACGACGAAGCUGGUCUGUUAAGACUUAACAACUAUAAAAGAAACGAACCACGAAAGCAGAUGGGGACCCUGCAUACGACCAUGUCGACGACCCCAGUAGUCAGGGGACCUGCGGGGCCCGCCGAGCCUCCUCCAAGACCAGCAGCUGUACUCCCAAUAGUCGAGCCAGUCCGGAUCACCGAAGGCGUCGAGGAGCUCGUCGGAGACGGAUGUCGCGGGCUCAUCAGCAGACUCGAGCAGUUCUCUUGUCGGCCAGACUCGCUUAGAGGGACCAUCCAGAACCCGCAAUGGAUCUGUGUGCCGAUCCAUCGAUUCUUUAAACUGUGUCGCUCAGCAAGCAGGACGAUUUCCGUCGAGAUCCCGCCUCCCCAGUCAACCGACCCGACCCGACCCACAAAAAAAAACGAACUGACGAGCAACGAGCGAAUCGAGGAAGCCCUGACCUGAUACUCAACUAACAUUAGAGAAGAAGACGAAAAAAAAGCUAUUUGUUUAUCGAUGUGAAGCUUGACUUAGUAGAUGUUUCUAUAUUCUUGAUCUGCCAGCAGACUUUUCAAACAAGACACAUGUAUACAUAACACAUUUGCUUCGUAAACUUCAUCCGUAUUUCCUGCCAACCAGUUCACUUGAGAGCCGAUUUAUGACCAGAUGGCAGACACCAGAAAAGAGCAACCAAAAACACUUGACUACCUUGUUGUCGUCAAGCUUACUACAGAGACUGCAC